ACACAACAGCUGGGAGCCAGAAGAGAACAUCUUGGACCCAAGGCUGCUCCUAGCCUUCCAGAAGAAGGAACAUGAGAAGGAGGUUCAGAACCGGAAGAGAGGCAAGAGGCCCAGGGGCAGGCCAAGGAAGCACACCGUCAUGUCUUCCUGCAGCCGGCGCUCUAAGCUCAAGGAACCAGAUGCUCCCUCCAAGUCCAAAUCCAGCAGUUCCUCCUCCUCCUCCUCCUCUUCCUCCUCCUCCUCAGAUGAAGAAGAGGAUGACAGUGACCUGGACUCCAAGAGGGGCCCCCGGGGCCGUGAAACCCAUCCAGUGCCUCAGAAGAAAGCCCAGAUCCUGGUGGCCAAGCCUGAACUGAAAGACCCCAUCCGCAAGAAACGGGGACGCAAGCCCCUGCCCCCAGAACAGAAGGCAGCUCGGAGACCUGUAAGCCUGGCCAAGGUGCUGAAGACCACCAGGAAGGACCUGGGGACCUCAGCCAGCAAGCUGCCCCCUCCACUCAGUGCUCCUGUGGCAGGCCUGGCAGCCCUGAAAGCCCACACCAAAGAGGCCUGCAGUGGCUCCAGCGCCAUGGCGACCCCAGAGAACCUGGCCAGUCUGAUGAAAGGCAUGGCCGGGAGCCCCAACCGUGGUGGCAUCAGCUGGCAGAGCUCCAUUGUACACUACAUGAACCGCAUGAGCCAGAGUCAGGCCCAGACUGCCAGCCGACUGGCACUCAAGGCCCAGGCUGCCAACAAGUGCAGCCUCGGGCUGGACCUGAAAGUGAGGACACAGAAGGGGGACCUAGGGGUGAGUCCUCCGGGAAGCAAGGCCCUGAAGGCCCCUGGUGGUGCAGCUGCAGAGCAGCAGAAAGGCAGCAGCUCAGGGGGCCCAGGUUCCCAGCUGGCCCCGACUCAGGAAUUGAGCCUUCAGGUCCUGGACUUACAGAGCGUCAAGAACGGCAUGCCUGGUAUGGGCCUGCUCUCCCGCCAUGCCACAGCCACCAAGGCCAUUCCAGCCACCAACCCAGCCACAGGGAAAGGUCCUGGGGGCAGCCCCACAGGAAUAAAUAUGACCAGCACACCCACAGACACCAGCAAAGGCGAAAAAAUGGCCUCCAAGGCCACAGCUCUGCCCACCCCUUCUGUCAAGAGGGACAGUGUUAAGUGCAUGGCUGCCUCCAGUGGACAAGAGGGUCACACGGUCCCAGGAGAAGGCCGCAAGGCACCUGCGCUGUCUGAGAUGAGCACGGGAGAGGAGAACAGCAGUUCUGACACGGACCCUGACUCGUCCUCACUCCCCAGUGCUGGCCAGAAUCUGUCGGUAUCUGUCCAGACCAAUCAGGACUGGAAGCCUACCCGCAGUCUCAUAGAACAUGUAUUUGUUACAGACGUCACAGCCAACCUCAUCACUGUCACAGUGAAGGAAUCCCCCACCAGCGUGGGAUUCUUCAACCUGAGGCAUUACUGAGGCCAUUGCCCGGGUGUGACCUGCCUUUCAGUCUCUGGUUUUGCUUUGAUGCCUGACCCGGGGACCAGCUCUGCCCUGUCUUGAGACUUGGGGCUGGGAACUGGCUUCUCUGGUGACUUCUACCUCUCUGGGCCUCCACUCUACUCUGUCCUGUCGCCUCAGGAAAUCUGGUUGGCCUCUGCCUGCUUGAACAAACCCUCUUCAGUACAUGUCCCUCCUUGGCCUACUGAGACUCUCCCCUACCUUAUUAGGAGAGUCUCCCCUACCGACUUGCCCAACUACUGUCAGGCUAGUCUGGGGUGGGGCAUCUGAUACAGCUUCCUCCCCAACCCUGUAGGGAGAGAGACAGCCAGGCCAGACCUCCCAAGCCCAACAAUGACAGGGCCUUUGUGGUGAAGAGGGGGUUCUGUCCUUGGCAAGUGAGGCUGUGGCCUCAUUGUAAAAGGAUAAUUCAUUGUGAAGUUGGGUUCAGGGACCCUGCAGAACCCUGUGUAACUCUUCGGAGUGUCUGUCCCUGGUGCUGUAUCAUCUCUGGCCACAACUGUGGCCCCAAAGUCCAAGCAGGGUUUGGAGGGUCUCAUCCCGGCAGUCAGAUGUACCUCAGUGCUACUGGGUUUGGGAACAGAAGAGUCUGAUGUUACUGCCACCUUCCUGCAAGCAGGCCCAAGCCCCAGUGAGAAGUAACCCUGUUCUGCUCUGGAUCCUGCACCCCUGCUUAGGCCCACUAGAGUGCGCCCUAGUUCCGAGGGCUGAAACCCAGAGAGCUGAAGUGUGAGUUUGGAGAGCUGGGCAGGCAACCUUCCCUACUAGUUGGAGUUUGAUUACUGAGGCUGAAUGAGUCAGUCCCCCUAGUAGCUCCAGAGCAGGAGAGCAGGUGCUUCCUGCAGGCCUGCCCCCUGCUGCCUGUCUAGCCUGGGUGUCUCUAGACUGUCAUGCAAGCAUUUUCUGUAGUGGAUUCUGGUGCAGAGCCCUGCCUAUUUGAGUGGGCCGUUCCUGAGAACCAUUUCCCUGACAAUCCUCUCCCAUGUUUGGGAGCCUGUGUCCCCUUCCUGAGAAGCAAUAUCCCUGUGCCAUUUGUGUGGUGGGACCGUUUGGCAGCCCACCUGGCAGAGGGUCCUAAUUCCUCCCCCAUCCUCAGGAGAUAAUCCCAAUUCUGAGCCCCUUUCUAGAUGCCUUCUCCCUGUCCCCCGUCCCAGGUAGCUAUCUUAAAACUACCUUGUCAGAUUGCUGGCCAAGAUCAGGAUUCCUGUCCUGGAUUAUCACCUUGGGGCCAUGACAAUCUGGUCAGAGUCUGUGAUGCCAAAAAAGUGGGUGUGGUAUGAAACCCUUGUUUCUACUUCUGCCAUUGACUGGUUAGCUGGCAGGAUGGGCUCUUUAUUCCCGUUGCCUUUGAACGGAAGAGUCCCCUUCCUAAACCACCCAACAGCGAGUGGACUGUGGUGUCUGGGACCUGCCACACUUUCAAAGAGCCCCCCACACACACACAGUAGCUCACCCUGCACACCAAAUAGGAGAUGGUCUUUGUGUAACCAAACCGACCUCAGCACUGUGCCUUUUGGGACAGAUCCAUACCCAUGGCUCCUGAAAGAGGUCUAUGGUGAUGUGUAGCCUCUCGUCCAGCACCAGGGGCCGUGCCAUUGGAGAAUCCAGGAAGAGGGUAGCAAGGGGGAAGAGUUGCCUACUGGGCCAUUAGCCUCCCUUCCUGUUCUCAGCCAGGGUCCUUUGCUGCCUCACCCAAGGUUUAAAGCUUCUUUUGUGCCAGACACUGCCUUACAGGCACCUCCAUGUCUUUGGGGGUCCCAUGAGCUAUUGGAGACCUGACCAUGUUUGGGGAGCUAGGUUGGACUGUUCCCUGCUGCCAGGUCUCCAAACCCCAAUUUGGUGCCUUUUAUUUUUACCAGUUAUUUCAGUCCCAAAGUUGAAAUCUACAAGUACCUUCCUCCCAGCCACUUUGCCUUGUGUGUUUUUCCUGGUGCUGUGACCCCAGUGGUCUGUGUAACAAAGCGUAUGUGUGUAGCGUGCCCACAUGAGAACCCACUGGAGAGGCACACCACAUGUUCUGAGUUGAGUUCUCAUGUUUACCAAUAAAUAAAAGUAGUUGCUUUUUA